AGAGAGAGAGAGAGAGAGAGAGAGAGAGAGAGACAGAGAGAGAGAGAGAGAGAAGGCAAAGCUGAGUUGCCUUUGAUACUGGUGAAUUCGCUCUGCUUGUCAGCACAUGCAUUCCACUUUCCGCUACAAAAUCGACUUUGGACCCCAAAUUUUACCUCACCCACAAGAAAAGCACACUCCACCUCCCAUAAAUUUCAGACCCUCUCCCUCUCUCUCUCUCUCUCUCCCCCCUCUAUUUCUCCCUGUAUGCGUCUCUCUCUCUCUCUCUCUCACCCAACACUAAAUUAUCACCACCAUCAUCGUCAUCAUGAUCUAGACUCAGAUAUAACAUACAAACCUUCAUGAGACUACACUACAUAACAUAUCUAUUUCAUAUUUCCUCAGUUUGAGUUUGAAAAUCUACCCCAAAAAAAAAAAAAAAAAAAAAAAUUCCAUCAAACACUUUCCCUGAAAUCAUACAUAUUGUUUCUUCUUUCAUUUCACUUCCAAAACACCCAUGAAACCUACAAAAUCUCCACAACUCCUUCCUCAAUCAUACCCUUUAUUAAGCUAAACUUCUUUUUGUCAUAGAUAUAUAGGAGGAAGUUGUUAACCAAGCGGGGAUAGAAUAAAAACAUCUAAAGAUGAGAGCAGGGGGUUGCACGGUGCAGCAGGGGUUGACUGCAGAGGCAGCAAGCGUGGUGAAACAGGCAGUGACUCUCGCAAGGCGCCGCGGCCAUGCCCAAGUCACUCCCCUCCAUGUUGCAAACACCAUGCUUUCGGCUUCCACCGGUCUAUUGCGGACGGCUUGCCUCCAAUCCAACUCUCACCCUCUUCAAUGCAAAGCCCUUGAGCUCUGCUUCAACGUGGCUCUCAAUCGUCUCCCUGCUUCCAAUUCUAGCCCCAUGUUGGGAGCUACUCACUCUCAGCACCCUUCCAUCUCCAACGCCUUGGUCGCCGCCUUCAAGCGCGCGCAGGCUCAUCAGCGCCGCGGUUCUAUUGAAAACCAGCAGCAGCCUCUCCUCGCUGUGAAAAUUGAGCUGGAGCAGCUCAUUAUCUCCAUUUUGGAUGAUCCAAGUGUUAGUAGAGUCAUGAGAGAAGCUGGUUUUUCUAGUACUCAAGUUAAAAGCAAUGUCGAACAAGCUGUGUCUUUAGAGAUAUGUUCUCAAAGUGCAGCUCCUUCAGUGAGUAGCAACAAGUCCUCUAAGGAAAGCAGUCUCUUAGUCCUCUCUCAGUCUCCUACAAAUAUCUCUCAGGUAGGCUCUAAUAAUAAAGUAAUAGGGAAACCAGUGGAAUUAUCAGAUCCAGUUAGGAAUGAAGAUGUUGAAAGUGUUGUAGAGGGUUUGUUGAACAAAAGAAGAAAAAGUAUUGUGGUUGUUGGAGAGUGUCUUGCUAGUAUUGAGGGUGUGAUUAGAGGAGUCAAAGAUAAGGUAGACAAAGAAGAUGUCCCUGAGGCUUUGAGAGAGGUCAAAUUCAUUUCACUAUCUCUAUCUUCUUUUGGACAGCACUCUAGAGUACAGGUGGAACAGAAACUUGGAGAGCUGAAAAACCAUCUCAGAAGCUGUGUGGGAAAAGGGGUUAUCUUGUAUUUGGGAGAUCUAAAAUGGACAACUGAAUAUAGGGCUUGUUCAAGUGAACAAGGGAGAGGAUAUUAUUGUCCUGUGGAGCACAUGAUCAUGGAGUUGGGUAAAUUGGUAUGUGGGAUUGGAGGAAAUGCAAAGUUUUGGCUAAUGGGUAUUGCAACUUUCCAAACUUACAUGAGAUGUAAAUCUGGACAUCCAUCGCUUGAGACUGUUUGGGGUAUUCAUCCUCUUACAAUUCCUGCAGGAAGCUUGCGCUUGAGCCUAGUCACAGCUGACAGUGACCCGAAAAGCGAAUCUACCAGCGAAAUAGAUAGAAAUGGGACUAACAGCUUGAUAGUUGAAGUUGGAGGAGAUAAGCAACUCACUUGCUGUGCCGAGUGCUCAGCCAAGUUCGAGGUCGAAGCUCGAAGCUUUCAAAGCACUACUUGUAAUAGUGAUUCCACUACUUCGACCUUACCUGCAUGGCUCCAACACUGCAGAAACGAGACCAAACAAGUUUCAACUAAUGAUCAGCAAAACUGUGUCCCGGUUUCCGAACUUUGCAAAAAGUGGAACUCCAUUUGUAAUUCAAUGCACCAGCAACCAAACUGUUCCGAAAAAACCCUCACAUUCUCUUCCGUUUCACCUUCUUCUUCUGCUUCUGGCUUUUCAUAUGAUCAGCAACAAAACCCUAAUUUCCAUCAGAACCAGUCUUGGAGAGAACAUCAUUUCUGGAUAUCUGAUAACAAGACCGCGGAGCCGAGUUUGCGAAUGUAUAUUCCAGAGCAUAAGGAAUAUCCAAAACAACCAUUCUUAUCGAAUCCUAAUUCCACACCAAAUUCAGCCUCUUCUAGUGAUGCUAUGGAGACCGAGUAUUCACACAAAUUCAAAGAGCUCAAUGCAGAGAACCUCAAAACCCUAUGCAAUGCAUUGGAGAAGAAAGUGCCAUGGCAGAAGGAUAUAAUUCCCGAAAUCGCCAGUGCCAUCUUGAAAUGCCGGUCUGGCAUGGUUAGAAGAAAAGAAAAAGUUGGAAACAUUGAGGUCAAAGAAGAGACAUGGUUGUUCUUCCAAGGUGUGGAUAUGGAAGCUAAAGAAAAGAUUGCUAGGGAAUUGGCUAAGCUCGUUUUCGGUUCACAGACAAACUUGCUUUCCAUAGCUUUGAGUAGUUUCUCAUCCACAAGAGCAGAUUCUACCGAGGAUUGUAGAAACAAAAGAUCCAGAGACGAACAAAGUUGCAGUUACAUUGAGAGAUUCGCGGACGCAGUGUCUCAUAAUCCUCACAGAGUUUUCUUGAUCGAAGAUGUGGAACAAGCCGAUUAUUGUUCGCAAAUGGGGUUUAAGAGAGCUAUGGAAAGAGGAAGGAUAACGAAUUCGAGCGGAGAAGAAGCUGGUCUAGGUGAUGCCAUUAUCAUUUUAAGCUGUGAAAGCUUUAGCUCCAGAUCAAGAGCUUGUUCUCCUCCUGUUAAGCAAAAAUUAGAAGAGCCUAAAAAAGAAGAAGUUGUUGUUACAUUAGAGGAGACAAGUUGUAGUCCUUGUAUGUCUUUGGACUUGAACAUUUCCUUUGAUGAUGAUGAUGAUAAUGACAGUGCAGAAGAUCACUCCAUUGAUGACAUUGGACUUCUUGAAUCUGUUGAUAGAAGGAUUAUUUUCAAAUUUCAGGAACUGUGAAGGGGAAAAAAAUAACUCUCUCAACUAAUUUUAAAGAUAAUGUAGUUUUUUUUUUUUUUUUGGUGCUUUCUUUUUUUUUUUUUUUUUUUUGAAAUUUCUUUGUUUAACAUGGUUUUCAUUAGAUUGUUAUUAACACACGUCCUAUAAUGGGGAUGAAAAAAAGUUUGCAUCGUUAUGUAAAACUACGUGUACAAUAUAAUGCAUGAUCUUUCUGUAAUAGAUUUGUAGUUAUCAUGCACCUCAAAUAUUUCCUCCAUUUUUUAUUUUUUUUGGGUCCUUCAAUUUUAUGUAUGACAAAAUUUCAUUCUCCCGCAUUGUUUUUUUCUCACUUGUUAUAAUUACAUUUUAUUCGUACUAUAUUCUAUUAUAAUCAGGAUAUUCCAUUUACAAA